AAUCCUCCAAUUUACUGGAGCUAAAAAGGGAGGAGAGAAGCAACAGACCUGAAUAAACACUGAAAGAGUCAAUACAUAGUAUAUUUUCCUCUGCUGGAUUUGUAUCACAUUUGGUGCUGUUUAUCACCAUGGCGUCCCUUCUGAUAUUUGUCACACUGCUUCAUCUCAUCACACUGGCGGUUCUCUUUAUCGCCACCAUGGAGAAGUCCUGGUGGGUUUGGGACGGCACAGAACACUCAGACCUCUGGUACAACUGCCGAUUUGACAAUGAAACAGAGGCAUGGUUCUGUGCAUCAUCAGAAGAGACGGAGUGGCUUCAGGCUGUCCAGGUUCUGAUGGUCCUAUCUGUGGUUUUCUCCGCCAUUUCAUUCCUGAUAUUCCUGGGACAACUCUUCACCAUAUCUAAAGGAGGACUCUUUUACCUCACCGGUGUCUGCCAGGCAUUUGCUGGCCUCAACGCCUUCACCGCUGCGCUCAUUUACACUCUGCACAAUAAAGAAAUCCUUGAGGACUCAAGGGAGUUGAGCUCGGGACACUUCGGUUACUGCUUUUACUUGGCGUGGGUUUGUGUACCUCUGCUCCUGUGCAGCGGAAUCAUGUACAUCCAUCUGCGCAAAAGGGAAUAGAAACGAGUCUCCUAAAAAAAGACAAGCCAUGCGAAGAAUGUUUGCUGUUGACAUACUCCACUGACUGAUUAUAGACUUUAUGAUAGCUUGCAAGACAUUUAUUUUUCGCUUAUUUAGACUGUAUUUAGCCAUAUAUAAAUAUACACCGCUGAAAUAUGGCCACAACACAGCCCAUGCCGUGGAUCAGCACAGCUUAGUUAACUCUUAAAAGGGCAACCACGACUAAUCUAUCUGAUUAGCUGAAUUAUAUCUAAUUUAAUAAUAAAAGUGGCCAUGUUACUUAAUCUUGUUUCAUACUAAAGGGAUACUUGUAUACAUUAU